UGACGGGGACUACUUUCGUUAGGAACUCAUGUAGAAGAGAUGUCUCAAGACACGGUUAAAGAAUGUAAACAAUAGAUAAGUAGGAGAUGACAGGAAGAAUUUCGUUGUUUUCCUGGACACUAGCCUAACAUCUGGUGACCUCAGGUUAUUGUUUCUGGAACAAUGAGUAGACAGUGCGCGUGUGCCAUAGUCAUAUCUACUUUGUAACAUUUGAUUUCGUGAACAGUUUUCUGAUGCAUUGUUCAUACUCUCGAAACUUAAUGAGGAAAUAGACAUUUUGUUUAGUGUCGUACUCAAACCAGUGUGAGGACAGUGUAUGUCUUCAUUAUAAUUUGUGUUUAUCACUUGAGUAGCAUCACCAUGCUGUGCUUCGCUUGGCCUCUCCUUGUAAUCGUCAUCAUGACACUGAUGUCAGCGGCGACGAUGCAAUUGACAUCAGAUAACAACUGCACACAGCUGGAGUUUCUCAAUGUGAAGGACGACAUUAUUCACACGACAGUCGGCCGAGACAUCAACAUCGCGUUUUCACUACGUUUCGAGAACUGUUCAACUACUGACAGACUUGUAGUUACGAUAUCGAAGAAAAGUAAAAGUAGCCCUUUACCGACAGUCGAAUGUAAAAUUAUCUACAACCAAAGUACGUGUACAGUGAGCAAGUCAUCACCUGCUUGUAACUGUAAGUCAGCGACUGCUCCAGCAACCUUCACCACCAAAGCUAACGGGACCGGCAACCUGACAUACGUGUGGACUUUGCGGCACAAUACAUCGGAAGAUAAUGAAAGAACCGUCACUGUUGUAGUUUCAGGAGAUGAUUCCAUGAAGUUUUCUUUCAAUAUGAUAAUACUUGGCAGUAUUGUAGGGAGUUUAGCAGUCAUCACUGUGGCCAGUGUUUUGUGUGUUGUCUUCUACAAAAAGCGCGACAAGAAAACUUUUGAACUUUUACCUCGAGCACCCAGAGGGUCAGGUGUAGCCAGGAAUCCUUCCGGCCAGGGUCAAGCCAUUCUUUCUAAAAGACAACACUCGAUGGGACAGUACGAAGAAGUCCAUGACUCUCUUUUCCACCAAAGGUCUGAAGACAACGUGUACUACAGCCGUUCACGCCCACGUCGGGACACAUCGAGACACAACAUGUCACAAGACAGAGCUGACCUCCUACAACAGUCUUCGGGGUCAAUCUAUGGACAGGUGUAUGACGAUUUGAUGCUGCGAACUUUUACAGGUGAUACUCCCAUCAGUCUCGGCCCGCAAACAAGAGUUGACAUCACACCGCUAGAGGCGCUGUCAGCUUAGUCAUCAUUAACAUCAGCAGCUUUCAGCGGCGUCAUCGCUAUGAUCACAGCCUCUACUUCUACAUCACAAACUCUACUUCUUCAUCACAAUCGUUAGCUCUACAUCACAAACCUGUUUUCGUCGCUGCUGUAGUCAAAGUGUACCUCCCACACCAAAGGUCAUCUCAGUGUCCUGAUGAACACAGCGGACCAGUGAGUCCGGGACUUGACCAAACGUUUCGUGUCGCUGAUGGGCAAUCGAAUGAUCUCGAAACAUUAUCUUUGUUCUUGGAAUUGAAAGACAUCUACAGUAUAAAUGGGUGGACUGGACAGGAACAACCGGCUCUAGUUGACUUUUCUUUGUCAUUGUUUGUCGUCCGUGAGUCCCCGCCGACUUCGGAUGUCUCCUGUUAACCUGCGCAACUUGUUUAUCUCUGUUUGUGGUUGUUUUUCUUUGUCUGUGCAAAGUCGUGUCCAUCUGUAGACAUCUCGUCCACUGGC